AUGCCCAAGAUCGUGGAAACAGUUGAUCUAUCCAACACAACCAGCGCCUACUAUGCGCCAGCCGUUAUUUCUCCAUCCAAGCUGAUCCAUGUCGCUGGCCAGCCUGGGAGCACGAAGGAUGGCACCGUACCGACUGAUUACGAGUCACAGAUCCAUCUCGCUCUCCUAAACCUUCGAAAGCUCAUUAUUGCUGCGGGCUCCUCGAUUGAACACAUUGUGAAGCUGAACUUGUAUAUUGUCGACUACGAUGCGGGCAAUCGCAAACAUACUCUCUCUAAACUUGCUGUCCCCACAUGGCUGUUUGAGAUCGACGCCGUUAUCGCUUUGCCUUCGCCUUCGCCUGUCCCCGCUCUUGCUGCUGCCACUCAUACAACCGACGUUAUUAUAAUUGGGGCGGGUCUGGCAGGCCUAACCGCUGCUCAUUAUGUUUUGCGAGCGGACCUCUCCUGUGUUGUUCUUGAAGGACGCGAUCGUGUGGGCGCUGCUUGGAUUAAUGAUACAAACCAAAGCAAGGUUUAUGCUCUGGCAAAACGCUAUGGCGUGGACCUCAUUGAGCAAAACACUCAAGGAAAUGCUGUUUUGGAGGAUUUUGAUGGGAAAUGCACUCCCUUCGCUUAUGGGGAGCUACCUAAGUUCGAUAAAGCUACACAGGAUCACAUAGCAGAGAUCCGCGAUAUGUGUGGUGGUCUUCUACAGAUGCGAUCUGAUCGAAAAGACGGCGGUCAGUAUCUAAGAGUUCGUCAAGGGACACAAGCUUUCGCGUUAGGCCUCGCUUCGUCCCUUCCAGAAGUCAUCGUGAAGCUUUCCCAGCCUGUUGAUUCGAUCGUUCAAAGCUCCGACCGGUCGGUCAAAGUCCAAGCAGGCGGUAUCGUCUAUGGUGCUAGCAAGGUCAUCAUUACCAUCCCCAGUCCUUCUCUGAAAAACAUCUCAUUCCACCCCAAGCUUCCUCCCGCAAAGCAGGCAUUCUCGGAAUCCACCACUUAUGGCUAUUACCCGAAGGCGAUUAUGGAGUUCCGCUCACCAUUCUGGGUGAAGGCAGGCUUCUGUGGCCUCGCGCAAUCCUUUAUUGGGCCUGUUGGUGUCGUUAGAGAUAGCUCCAUCCCAGAAUAUCAGAAGUAUGUUCUGACAUGCUUCAUGGGAGGUGAUCCUGGUCGAGCCUGGGCAGCGCUACCCACUAAGGAGCGUGAACAGAGCUUGUUGAAGCAAUUGAGCAAGCUCUAUGGUGUCACGAAUAUAGAUGCGGAAUUUAUCCAGAUGACAGCAUACGAAUGGGUACAGGAUGAAUUCUCCGGCUGGGGAUGCCCCUGUACGGCUCUCACUCCCGGUGUGUUCGACACUUUUGGGCCUGAUGCCUUUGCGCGAAAAUGCUGGCAAUCUGCAUUUUGCGGGUACUGA